AUGUGUGUCAUCCUUCUUCUCAUCAGUAGUCUAUGGGCUUCCAUUUACGUGGCGAGGGUGGGGGCAGUCUUUGACUUGGCAGAUCACGUUAAAAAGUUCGUGGAGAACCGCAUCAAGCCGAAAAAUGAUAUAGCUUGGUGGGAUAUGUACGGCAUACACGACUUCUUUAAGAAGAACAAGCAGUACGGCAUAUUCGUGACGACUGCGUCGACCAGGACGAUGAAGUUCGGCAAACGCGAGACUGGCCCGCAGAAACCGAAAAACAUCUAUUCUAAGAAAGUGCGAAAUAAUCAGCAGAGCAGCCUCAUUUCCUAUAUAAAGGAAAAAUCUACACAGAUUGAAACUGAGACCUAUAACACCAAGAGGGGGUUUGAGAUGAACGUAUCAGUUUCAGUCAGCGUAAAAGUGCCACUAGUCGCCGGCGGCAGUGGGUCGAGGUACUUCCAGAUGGAUUAUGAAAGCAAACAAGGCAAAACUACCAAAAAUCAAGUUGUGUACAUCCUUGACUUUCAAGUCACUAUUCCAGCCCAGAAGAGUGUCGAUAUCCUGGUGCAAAUCCUGGAGCAGGAGGAGGUUGUCGACUGGACGGCUGACAUCAUCGUUUCGGGCUACUUCACGGUCUACUACAAGGAGUUGCUUGGCGGUCGCCACCUCUACGUUUACCCGAUAAGCCUGGCAUGCUCCGACCCGCUCGUCAAGAUUGACUUGACCUCGUGCGUGUACAAAGCCGAAGGAACGUUCACAGGAGUCCAAUCUAAGACCACCAUCGUGUCAGUCUCGGAGAGAAGUUUGAACGAGAUAUCAAGGGUUGUUACGCGAAGACCCUCCAGCAAUCCAAGCUCGGGGAACGAACUUAAUGGAGACGAGAUAUAA